GUCUCCAUGGUGGUGUCAUUAUAGAGGCAGCUGUCUGUCUCUGUCCACGGUGCUGAACUCAGACCACGUGACUCUGCUUCAGCGUGUUUCUGUCUUUAUGUGCUUCCGUCCUCCUCUUCUGCUUUUUUUUUUUACAGCUUUUUUUUUCCCCUCUUUGAAACGACACAAACAAAACAGCUUCGGCUGCAUUUUCAAUUAUAAAAGCGACGUGACAAUAGAGACAGAUCAUUGUGCUGUUCUCUCUAUAGGCCGCUGGGUGGGUUGUUGUCUCUCCAUCGCCAUCUUUCAGCCUCUCUCUGUCUCUGUCUCUGUGUGUGAUCAUAAUAAUGGACACCGACUACUCGUCCGGCCUGGAGAACCCUCUGUACAGCGAGCUGAAGUACUUCUGCAGGAAGAUCCAGGAGGCCUACAACGAGCUGAAGGAGGACCUGACACCUUACAGGGAUGAUCGCUUUUACAGAUUGGCCCCCAUGCGGCUCUACACCUUGUCCAAAAGACACUUUGUCUUGGUUUUCGUCUUGUUCCUGAUCUGCUUUGGCCUCACAGUCUUCAUUGGGAUUGCAGGUCCUAAGGUUAUUGCUGAGCAAGAACACAAUGUUGAUCAGUUACUUCUCAAAAACCUCUCAGUUAAGACUGGGCCCUUCAAUCUACUUUCUCCUCCCCUCACCACCUACAACCAGCAGCUAUGGCUCACCUGUGUGAUGCAGGCUGAACACAGCAAUAUGGGAGACUUCCAGCAGCCUUUCGAGAUCAACGUUGAGCUAAAGGGAGUGAUGCAGGACGCCAGUGUGAUGCACAUCAACAACAUGCACCAGAAAUCCCGGACGCUACACUGCGGGGAUAAAUGUGAUGAGAUCAUUGUGCUCCAUCUUGGCUAUCUGAACUACACCCAGUACCAGGUCAUGGUCAGCUUCAAAGGCCUUGAAAAUAUCACGUAUGAAAUCAAGGUCAAGUUUAUUUGGAAAACGUACAACCCCACCUUCUCGCAAGUGGAGAUCUGGUUCCGUUUUGUCUUUGUGGUGUUGACCUUUAUGGUGACGUGUAUGUUUGCACACUCACUGAGGAAGUUUUCCAUGAGGGAUUGGGGCAUAGAACAGAAGUGGAUGUCUAUCCUGCUCCCUUUGCUGUUACUCUACAACGAUCCGUUCUUCCCGCUGUCAUUCCUGGUGAACAGCUGGUUUCCGGGGACGUUGGACGCUUUCUUCCAGGCUCUGUUCCUGUGUUCCCUGCUGCUCUUCUGGCUCUGUGUUUAUCAUGGCAUCAGGGUUCAGGGUGAGAGGAAAUGUCUGACGUUCUACCUGCCUAAGCUGAUCAUCGUAGGUCUUCUGUGGCUCUCAGCAGUUACACUGGGCAUAUGGCAAACGGUUAAUGAACUCCAAGACCCUACUUAUCAGUAUAAAGUGGACAUAAUGAACUUUCAGGGCAUGAAGGUCUUCUUCCUGAUUGUAGUUGCCCUCUAUAUCCUCUACUUGAUCUUCCUGGUCGUCAGAGCUUGUUCUGAACUCAAGAACAUGCCUUACUCAGAUCUCCGGCUCAGGUUUUUGACGGCGCUGACGUUUGUGGUCCUUGUUAUAAGCAUGGUCAUUCUCUACCUGAGGUUUGGUGCCAAGGCUCUCCAAGACAACUUUGUCGCUGAACUGUCUACUCAUUACCAGAACUCAGCUGAAUUUUUAUCAUUCUACGGUCUACUCAACUUUUACUUGUACACAUUGGCAUUUGUGUAUUCCCCCUCCAAAAAUGCACUUUAUGACUCCCAGUUGAAGGAUAACCCUGCUUUUUCUAUGCUAAAUGACUCCGAUGAUGAAGUAAUAUACGGGAGUGAUUAUGAAGACAUGCCUUUACAAAACGGACGUGCUAUCAAAGCAACCGCCAAGUACCAGGAUGAAACUGACAGUGACUGAUGGGACCUCCGACUGGCUUGUUGUGUCCCUGUUGGAAACUAUGAAAAAAAACAACAACUAUCGUGCGUAUGUGUAAAUAAGGAGUACUUGCAUUGGUAAUAUGAAAUGAUAUACUGUAAGUGUACAUAACUAUAUUUUUAAAAAAGUUCCAUGUCUACUGAAUGUAUGGUACUUUUACUGAAAGUUGGGGCAUGUUGCCACUCAAACUUUUUUCUUCAGUGUUUACGCUUUCAGCCUCAUUGAAAACAAAGGAAACAAACUUUUUAUCCGUUUGUAAACUCUUUUCCUCACAACCAGCAUUUCUUCACAACCUAAUAGUUAGAAAUGAUCGGGAAAAGUGCUAAUAUUAAUUGGGGGAAUUUCUUUGUGCAAAAUCAAUGUUAUUUUUUAAUGCUUUCGUUGAACCACUGUUGUCUCUCUAUUGCACUGUGUUGUUUUUCAAUUUCUUUCUGCUCUCUGACAGUCUGAGAAUAAUGAGAAUGUAUAUAUCUGGCCAAAGCUGAGUAACAUUAUACUGGUGGUAGAAAGUAAAGGAAGCUUAUGCUGCAGUGGCCGUUAAGUGCCCAUUGUGGCCUGCCAGCACUGACAUGAGUGAUGAACGUGGGAAUUAAAGUGCCAUAGCAGUGUUGGCUUUUGACAAUUUAAUUUUUUUCCUCAGACAUGUUUUUAAAAAUACAGAGAGCUGUAGUAAGUACCACUUCUUCCCUUGGAAAGCAGCUUCAUAAUUGCACUUGUUUAAUUUAUUUCGCUGAACAGUGACGACAUUUGAUACUGUAUUAUCUGACUUCCUGGAUGAAUUGCGUGGAUUUUACACAACUUUAUGUAAAGGGACUACUGAUUUAUCAUGUUAAACUUGUUGUAUUUCUUAUCCCCGCACAUACAGUAGUUAUACCAUUGGCCAAAUAUAUUUUGCCUUAUGUAGAACAUCUUAUCUUAAGUAAUCGUUUUUUCUUCCGUAACUUUCCUUAUAUUGCUUACAAUGUGAGACUUGCUGCCCUUUCCAUUGUUUUAUAAAACUGUACUUAAUGGACAAAAACCGCCAAAACAAAAGUGUUUCAUGUAUUCUAAUCAAGAUGGUGCCUUGUCUUUACCACUUAACCAUUUCUUCUAAAUGGGCUGCAGUCUUAACUGUAAAGAUGCUUUGAAAUAAAUGUACAUAAUUGAU